AUGAUGUUUCAAUACGUAAAAUUACUUUUAUACUCAAUAUUUCUCUCUUGCAAAGUCUAUGCGAUUCCGUUGGAAGAUUCAGGCGAUGCUCUUAAUCUGUUCGGUUUGGAAGGUUUAUCAGAGAACUAUGCAAUCGGUGCUACAUUCAUAGAAGGUGAUAUUGCAGUACCAUUAAAAGCUGGUCGUGCCGUAUACAUUCGCAGUCCGAAAUGGCCAAAUGGCAUCGUACCUUUUGAUAUUCAUGCAUCGUAUACGAAUGAUCAGAAGAGUGUUAUCAGAGGAGCUAUGUCUGAAAUUAUGAAAAGUACAAAUAAUUGCAUUAGAUUUGUGGAGCGCAAUAGUAGUACUUCAGUUUGGUUACGAAUUAUUCCUAGCAGAGGAUGUUGGUCGUAUAUGGGUAGAGCUAAGAGCAGUGGUCCUCAAGAUCUAUCACUUCAACCUACUGGCUGUGUUUACCAUCAGGUAGCACUACAUGAGCUCAUGCAUGCUCUUGGCUUCAUUCAUGAGCAGACUCGUCCCGAUCGUAAUCAAUAUGUACGCAUACAAACCGAAAACAUUCAAUCAGGUAAUGAACACAAUUUCAAUAUUUUUCCUUCGACUAGCGUUAGCACGCUGAACAGGCCCUAUGACUAUGGAUCAAUAAUGCACUAUCGAAGUGAUGCUUUCUCGUCGAAUGGUCUCCCAACGAUAAAAGUUAUUACAGAUACUGACAAAGAUUGGGAAUCGAAGAUGGGCCGUGGCAUGAAUUUGAGUGAUCAAGAUGCUGAAAAACUCAAAGCAUACUAUUCUUGCUCCUAA